GAGGGAUGGAUGGAAACUAGUAUCAAAGUGUUGAUCUUAAAGCCAGAAUGCAGGUCUUUCUGCCUUUUGCUUUACCAACCUUUGGGGCCGGAAAAUUCUUCAUUGUUUGAGCUUAUUCAUCCUAAUUUUUUAUCAUGUCUUACUGGGGACAAUGGACUCUCAUAAGGCAAACCUUAUUCACUUCUUUUUAUGCUCAACUCCCAUUUCUCUGGUUUGUGAAGAGAGUUUAUUGCAAAUUGAAUAUGGGGACAUUCUUUGAUUGCUAAUAUUCCUGUAAAAGGAAAAAAAAAAUUUAUAUGGAAAUUGUCAUUCCAGUGUCUAUAUCUUUUAUUUACUUAUUUGGAAUUUCCUUUUAUUUUUUGUUGAUAUAAAGCCAAUAAGUCACAUGAUUAUAGUUUCAAAUAUGAACAGAUUCAAGAAUGUGCAUGAUAAAGAAAAUAUUAUUUACAUCAUGAAUUAACCUUCAAAACUUGCCAUUUUGAAAGCAUAUAUAUAUUAUGGGUAUAUUCAGCUAAUUGUUUGUCUUCGUGUUCAUUUAUUAUUUUGUAAGGUAUUAUUUAAUAUUUGGAUUAAAGAGAAAUCUGAAACUAAACUUGAAGCUUAAUGCUAAGUCAUUAGUGAAAGACAAGUUCAAUAUGUAUUUUUCUGUUUGUUACUUGUUCUAAUAAUCUAAUACUGCUUUACCUUUAGUGGGUUUCUGUCAUCUUUGAUUUUCAUUAGCUUAUAAUCAAUGACUAUGUUCACGGUGCUGAUGUCGAUUUCCUUUGAAUGGUAUGACAAGUUGGAACUAACUGAUUGAUGAUAUGCAAGCUUUCUUUUAACAAAUCAAUUUGACUUAUCAUGGUAUAAUAAAGGUACCAAAUUCUCUGAGGCCUUCUCUGUCCUAUCUCUAUUGAAAUCUAGGUUCUGAAUCUCCCACUUGUAUUAAAAUAUAUUUUUAUUUUCUUAUUUUGAUGCAAUCCAUAUUAAUGAUUGUUUUUAGUAUAUUGUUGUAGCUUUAUAGUAUUCUCGUGUUAUUUACCUAGAUUUCUAAAAAAUUGUUGUAAAAUUUUUUGUAAAGAUUCUGCCUGUAUAAUGGCUUCGUUUUAAUGUCCACACUCUUCAGACAUUGCCAAUAUCUGAAUAUAUAUAACAUGUGGAUAAUUAGAAGCAUGUCCUUUUCACGAUGCGGAUUUGAUUCCAUGUAGUUAACUUUUUUAAUAUCCUUGAAUGGUUUUCAACUACUUCUUUCAUUUAUAUAAUGAAUGGAAUCAAGAACUCAUUGGGAGUUUGUCUCAGCCUUCUCUUCCUUGGUCUUCUAACUUUGGUUCAGUUUUCAAGUUUGUCCUAAAGUGUUAACCAUUUAUAUAUUGUUUCGGAAUGGUUCAUUUUUCUUCUCUCCCGCAUUUUUACUAUCAGUGUUAAGAGUUUUGUUAUUAGGAUAUUACUGGAUAGUAGUUUUGGAAGUAGAUGGUGCUGGCUCUUAAAUCUUUUUUGAUAUAUGGAAGGCACUUCAUUUCCUUGUAGUAACAACUGCUGUCUAGUUUUGGUAGCUUUUUUAUUUUUUUAUUUUUUUUCAGAUUUUGUUAUGCUUUUUAUAAGAUAAACAGGGUGAACUUGUUUGUGCUAUUACCAAUACAUUCAUCCUUUAGCUUUUCUGAUAAAGUAUACAUCCUUUUUAAACCUUUCAUUUUGUUCAUGCAAAGUUCACUCCAUUUGCUUUUGUUUUUCCUUUUCCUGUCUUUCCCCUUCAAAAACAAAUUGUCUUUGUAGUUCAAAUAUUCUGUGACUUUUACCUGGUACACUGAUUAGAGGGCACAUAUGGGACUUUCCCUUUUGUGCCCGAUUUUUGCAUAGUUGAUUAUCCUUUUCAAGUGCAGGAAAAGAAUAGAAAAUGCUAACACUUGCUGAGUGAUCCUUUUUAAACCUUGCCAGACUGGAAGGUGGUCUUCCUGUGUCAAUGGAGAGAGGCAAUCUUAGUUUGGCUUCAAGUGGUUGAACUUACUGAGGCUCUUGGUGUUUAUGAUGGUUAAGGAGAUAAUGAGUAGCAACUCUUUAGUGUUUUACAGGCUAGUUUCUGUCAGUAUAUUCUGAAUUCCCCAGCUUUGAUAAUCUGAAGCGUAUAUUCUCCUUCAUAAAUAGUUGCCAGUGGCGAUUCUCCCCCUAUGGUCAAAUUGUUGCGUUGCUGGUAGUCAUGCUUCUCUUUUCGUGCAUGCCUAUCGAUGGCAUUCUAAUUCACCAGGGCUGUAAACCUUCAUCUUUUAUGCAAUUUUGGUGGUAAUUGGAACAAUAACAUAGAUAUAAUAUAGUUCAUGCUCUGGACAUGAAGUCUCAAGCUAGGAGGUCUUCUGUAGGCCUAGAUUCUUUUGGCUUGUAAAGGAUUGAAUGGCAAAUGGUGAAAACUGAUGAAUAAUAUAUCAGUAAUCUAAGGAAUUUUCUAUUGGUGUAUAUAUGUGGAAGUGGAAGUGGUGGUUGUAUAUGCUGUAAAUGGAAGAGGAAGGUUGAGUUAUUUGCUGUUCUAACUUAACUACACUGUCUAUUUUGACUCCCGACAUUGCAAGCGAGUUAUUAUGGGGCAUAGACAUUUAUAUAACAAAUCUCCAUUGUUUGAGAGUGAACCUGACCAGAACUGGAAUCAUAUGCAUACUGAUCAACAUUAUGUGCCCCUUGGUAGGACUAGCACUACAGACAAUGGUUCUUUCAUUUAUCCUUUGGAAAAUAUGUCCAUAGAUGGCAUUUCUUUUCCAUCUCAUUGGAACUCUGCGACAAGGUCAAAUGGAUAUGCAUCCUCAAGUCUCAACAUUGAAGCACCCCCUCAUCAAUCAGAUGCAUCAGGCACUAAUAAUGAACAUUUUCUGCACUCAUCAAGUGCUGGAACUUUCUUUGCAGUGUCUGAAAAUUAUGUACACCAGCCUUCUAAUUCCAAUUAUGACAGACAAGCAUUCCCUGUUGGUGAUGGUGGUUUUAUUGAUCUUACAAUGGGAAGUGGACGAGGGCCUCACAAGAGGAAGAGUCCUGGAAUUCCUCCGGUCUGUGAGAGAGGCAGUACAAGCAGAUACUUUAAUACUGGAAGUGCAGCUGAUUUUCCUACACCUUCAGAAAUACGGCCAGAGAAGCCAAAUAUGGAUUCUCUAUAUAUGCCUUGGGAUCAUGUUACUAUGACACCCGCUUUCAGAGGUAGUGGCCUUUCAAUAAGGGAUGAGGGCUCUUUAAGGAAUGUGAGGAGCCGUUCUGCACUUGAUUUGGAGUCUAACCUGGCUAGGACUCAUUUAUCGAGCAAUCAUUCACACAACUCAUACACUACUGGCCCACCAAUUGACCAUUCUGGCACGGUCGAUCUAUCAACUCAAACUUCUAGCACUUUGACGAGGGAUUGGAGCCAAAUGAGUAUGUGUCCUGCUCAUGGUAGGGUGUUAUCAUCAGAUGCAAAUGCUUUUAGUCAUGAGACAAGUCAUUUCCUUGUUGGAAGUGGUUCUAGUAAUGCUCCUGUAGAUGUUGGGAGUUUCCAUCAUGAAUUUGGUACAAGCAGAAAUCCUACUGCUCCUCAAAGUUUUCAUAAUAAUCUGACUCAAUCUGCUAGGGGAGUUCGCAGUAACUAUUCUCAAAGAUCCGCUCCAACUUUUAGGGCUUCUUCAAGCUUGCGCUUGGGACAUGUGACACCUUCAGAUGAUGGAUUGCAUAUGGUUGCUGAAAGUUACUCUUCUAGGCAUCCAAGGCCAUUGACCACCAUUGGCUGGCGUAACAGUGAUAGAAAUGGGAGGUCAAGGAUAUCUAGUGAUAGAUAUCGAUCAUUGGCCAAUGAGAUUGGUCUCAAUGAUCGAUUUUCCUCUGAGGGUUUCAUGAUUGUUGAUCGUGCUUCACUGUAUGGUUCUAGGAAUGUGCUUGAUCAGCAUAGAGACAUGAGAAUGGACAUAGACAACAUGAGCUACGAGGAACUACUUGCACUUGGAGAGCGAAUUGGCCAUGUGAGUAUAGGAGUAUCUGAGGAUUUGAUUUCCAAGUGUUUGAGAGAAACAAUAUACUGUUCGUCUGAGCUAAGUCAAGAAGAAGGAACUUGUGCAAUUUGUCUGGAGGAAUACAAGAACAUGGACGAUGUUGGGACACUGAAAACUUGUAGUCAUGAAUACCAUGUGAGCUGCAUUAGAAAGUGGUUAACUAUGAAAAACAUAUGUCCUAUUUGCAAAGCUUCUGCUUUGCCUGAUGAUACGAAGGAUAAAUAAAUAAUUUAUUCAUUCUACUUUAGAUUAUCGUGUAUCAUUUUGUACAUAUAUUUGGAUAUUCCUCACGGUGGAGGAAACAAACUUCCUUUGGAUAUUUUGUAAUAGGAAUGCUACUCAAUAUCAAUGGAUUCGUUGGUGGCUUUGGCUUCAA